UUUGGAACUAAAGGAGACCCCGGAUGUAAAACCUGUUAAACUGUGUCAAUUUAAGUGUAACCUUUCCAGCUGAAAAUUUAUGCUAAUAUCUGGGAUUAUGAGUUAAGUCAGAGGAAAAGUUUCAGCAUCCAAAUGAUGACACAAGCAAAGCUCUCAAGCAAAACAGUCUCCUGCCACCUGGUAGUUAAAUCUCGUAACAUCUAGCCCCUGCAGCGUGAUGUGCUGACUCCCAGGCCCUUGACAUUCAUUGGGCAACUCACUGCUCACCAUGGAGUUGAUGUUUUCCCUCCUACCUUAUGCACAAGGAAACUGGAAAUCAGAAACAAUGACUUGCCAAGGUCGCACAUACUAAGGGUCAAACAUAGAUCUGCUCUUCCCCGCCCCAAAGCUUGUGCUCUAUUGACAAGAACAGAGCUCCACCCAUUCACCCUACUUCACUGAAGAUGUGAAGAAAAUGUCUUUUGGCCCACACGAGAAGAAUCAAAUAGGUGGCUAAGGGUACGAAUGUAGCCCAGGAGGUGACAGAGGAAUAGCACGCCCUUCUCAGGCAGCUCCUGAUUCUCCCCUCCCUCUCCUUAGGGUGGAAACAACAUGUGAGGACUAAAAACACUGGAGACCCAGAGCUUGUGACCUCUGUCUCCCCCCCCCAGACAGGGCCGGAGUCCACUUUCAGCACCUACCCGGCCCCGCAGCUGAUAUCACGAGAGACCUGGGAACUCUGGCGCACUCAGGAACUUUUCCCCCCAAACAUGAAGCUUUGGGGUCAAAUGCUGUGGGGUCACCUGUCUGGUCUCAGGGGAAGGCAAGGAGGCAUCUGGGGCUGGGCUUGCAGCACGUGGCAGUCCCAUCAGCCUCAGGCUGGGCCGUUAAGCGCCAGCGGGCUGGUCAAGCACUGGACAGCGGUCUUUGAGAAGAGAGGCAUCCCAGAGGCCCGGGAAUCCAGUGAGUACAUCGUGGCUCACGUGCUUGGAGCCAAAACAUUUCAGAGCUUGAGGCCAGUACUCUGGACACAGCCACUGACUGCUCAGCAACUUCAGGGCAUCCAGGAGCUGUGUAACCUCCGACUACAGAGGAUGCCUGUUCAGUAUAUCCUCGGGGAGUGGGACUUUCAGGGCCUCACUCUGAAGAUGGCACCCCCGGUGUUCAUUCCUCGGCCAGAGACAGAGGAACUGAUUGAAUGGAUUCUGGAAGAAGUGGCACAGAGGCCCCAGGCAGUGGGAGCACAAGGUAGUCCCCUUAUUCUGGAGGUGGGCUGCGGAUCAGGAGCCAUUGCCCUCAGCCUGUUGAGUCAGCUCCCUGAGAGUCAAGUCAUUGCUGUGGAUAAGAAGGAAGCCGCCAUCAGCCUGACCCGUGAGAAUGCUCAGAGGCUUCGACUGCAGGGCAGGAUUCAGACCAUCCUCCUUGAUGUGACCAUAGAGGACAGCUGGACACAUCUUCUGCCCUGGGGCCCCAUGGACCUGAUAGUCAGCAACCCUCCCUAUGUCUUCCACAAGGACAUGGAGCAGUUAGCCCCAGAGAUCCGCAGCUAUGAAGACUCAGUGGCCCUGGACGGUGGGGAAAAGGGCAUGGAUAUCAUCAGCCACAUCCUGACCCUGGCACCCCAGCUCCUGAAGGCCUCUGGAAGCAUCUUCUUGGAAGUAGAUCCAAGGCACCCAGAGCUUGUCAGCAGCUGGCUUCAGAGCCGGCCUGACCUGUGCCUCGGUCUCGUGGCAGUGCGCAAAGACUUCUGUGGGAGGCCCCGGUUCCUGCAUGUCCAGAGGUUUGUACCAUAGCGUGGCCGCCUUGUGAAUGCCUGGCCGGGAUCCCAGUCUCUGCUGAUGUCUGGUUGGCCCUUGAAUGCUGCUCAGAGAGAGGUGGAUUGCGUUUUCCAGAACCCCAGGCCUGUCCCAUGGUUCUGUGAUUUCCCCCUGCUCAACGUUUCUAGACUUGGAAAUAAGGGUGGGCGUGUUCUUCCUGGGCAGCCAUGAACAGGAGCAUCCACAGUUUGGCUCAGGAGCUGAGCAAGCCUGGGUUUCCAGUCCAGCGCCAUCCUGCCACUGUAGCUGAGGGCGGGUUCCCCAGUAUUCCUGUUGGUGAAGAUGCUGUGGAGAUGUUGGAAAAUGUGGCCGGUAAAAUAUUGAGAGAGUGACAAA